GCGUGUCCUGAGAUGACCUGUUGAUGUCGGUAAAAUGGAGUAUAGCAGUGAGAGUCAUUUCCCCAUCCCAAAAAUAUUUAAAUAAACACGAUUUGGAAUCGAUAGCUGACACCGUGGGACAACUGUCAACCUCAUCGAUACAGUUUGUGACAAUCUGUUGUUUUUAAUUCGUGGGUAAUCGCGGAAGCAGCGGAGACUGUGCGGUUGUCUGAGUGCAUGAGGUGGAUGGUGCGCUGGGGCGAACCCAAAAUAUUUUAGCAGUGCUAUGUUAGCUUGCUAGUUUAGCUAGCUUAGCUAGUCCUGACAGGCACCCGAUUCACAGGCCUGCGGAUGGGAUGCGUAUAUUGCAAUGAAAGACGGGACUAAAAGCGAAAGAUGUGGACCUUUUCAAACUGAUUAAAGUUCGUUAUUAUAUCCGUAUACGUUUUUGACAGCUGGCAAACGCCGUGGCGCUCCUGGAUCGCGUGUUGCUGCAGUCACUGCCAUUCUCUGUCGCCCCCCGGCCCGUGCCAGUGGAGCACUCCGAGCGGGCAGACUGGCACACGGCGCGGCGGUCACCUCGGUACACAGACAGCUAUCGCCGCGGUUUGAUCUUGUAUCCUGGUCAAAACCCAAGUCGCUGGAGAUACAAUUUGUAGCUAGUAACAGCUAGCUAUCACUUAAGAGACCCUGUGGUGGUGUGCGUAGCGCACCAUGGCCCAGACCCUUCAGAUGGCGAUUCCUAACUUUGGCAACAACGUCCUGGAGUGUCUGAACGAGCAGCGUCUCCAGGGGCUCUACUGCGAUGUCUCCGUGGUCGUCAAGGGACACGCCUUCAAGGCUCACCGUGCCGUGCUUGCGGCCAGCAGCUCUUACUUCCGGGACCUGUUCAGCACUGGGGGAGGCAGCGGCUCCAAGACCCCCACAGUGGUGGAACUGCCCCCGGCCGUCCAGCCCCAGAGCUUCCAGCAGAUCCUGGCCUUCUGCUACACAGGUCGCCUCAGCAUGACAGUGGGAGACCAGUUCCUCCUCAUGUACACCGCAGGCUUCCUGCAGAUCCAGCAGAUCAUGGAGAAGGGCACAGAGUUCUUCCUCAAGGUUUCCUCGCCCAGCUGUGACUCCCAGGGCCUGCAAGCCGAGGAGGCUCCGCCCUCCGAACCCCAGAGCCCCGUCACUCAAACCGUUGCCAUGGGGACUGGCAGUCGCCCCGCCUCCUGCCUUACCCCCCUCCCCCUCGUGUCGCGGGUGAAGACAGAGCAGCAGGGCAACCAAUCAGAAGCCUCGCCCUACUCGGUGGUGUGCACCCCUGUGGCCAAGCGCUUGUGGGAGGGCGGCAGCAGCCGAGACGGGGGUGGAGGGGGCUCAGGUGGAGGCGGAUCCAGGAAGGCCGCCCGCUUUUCCCAGGAGUCCGUGCGAGGGAGUGCCAUCCAGAGCUCGGGGGCACUGGCACUGGCCAUGGGGAUGGGGGCCAGUGGGGCGGGGAUAGGAUCAGGGGUCGGGGGUCACGGCAGCGGUUCCAACGGGAGUGUGGUCUCCAUGGGCAACGUGGCAUCGGAGGGCGCCAGCCCGGGCACGAUGAGCGCCUACACCAGUGACUCGCCUAUCAGUUACCAUGACGAGGAGGAAGAGGAGGAGGUGACGGAGGAGCAGACGGAGGAGCAGUACAGGCAGAUCUGUAACAUGUACACCAUGUACAGCAUGCUCAACGUGGGCGCCGCAGCUGGUGAGCGUGUGGAGGCCCUACCGGACCACUCAGAGACCCGGGGUCGUAUGCGGGGUCGCCAGGACCUGUCGUCUCUCCCCGCUGAGCUCAUCACACAGAUAGGCAACCGCUGCCACCCCAAACUAUACGAGGAGGGGGACCCCGCAGAAAAACUAGAGCUUGUCUCAGGUACGUGUGUGUUCAUAUCUCGAGCCCAGCUGAUGAACUGUCAUGUGAGUGCAGGGACCAGACACAAGGUGUUACUCAGGAGGCUGCUGGCUGCCUUCUUCGACAGGAAUACUCUGGCUAACAGCUGUGGAACAGGAAUCCGCUCCUCCACUAACGACCCCAGCCGCAAGCCCCUGGACAACAGAGUGUUGCACGCAGUCAAAUUCUACAGCCAGAACUUUGCCACGAGCUUCAAGGAGAGCGAGAUGAACGCCAUCGCGGCGGACAUGUGCACCAACGCCCGCCGCGUCGUCCGCAAGAGCUGGAUCCCCAAGCUGAAGCUGCUCAUGGCCGAGGGCGACGCGUACUCCGCCUUCCUCCCCGACGCCAAGAUGGAGGCCGACGCCCUAGGGGCGGAGCCAACCUUUGAACCCAACUCCCUGGAGGGCGCCGAGACGGGUGGCUCGUCCGGCGAGUCGCUGCAGGGGGUGGGCAGCGACGGAGGCACUUUGUUUUAGAUGGGGAGGUGGAGUACAGAAGUGUUUAGAAGACGAUGAUGAUGAUGAAUACCUAUAUUUCCCUGUACUCCUUUCUUCUCCUUUGGUGGUGUGGCCCAUCCCCCUGACCCUUUGGCCUUUUGAUCCUCCACCUCCGACAUGUGACUCUGAAACGUUGCUAGGGGAAACAGGGGUUGUUACCAGGAAGUUAUGCUUUAAUUUUGAAAGCGAGAGUCCAAGCAAUCGUAACUUCCAAUAUGGUUUCUGCUGUAUAUUAGUAUGGGGGUAGAGAAAGGGUGAUGGGUUUGUGGGGAUGCAGUAUUUUGGGGGGAUUAACCAAAUUCCUGCCUCACCAUAUCAAAACACAUUCCCCUGGUUUUGAAUGUAGAUGUCAGCAGCACAAUGUCAGUCUGAACGAUUGUAUCCCAACCUCUUGAGGAAAAAGAAACCGACAGAAAGAUAACUACUCUAUGGAUAUGAGAGAGACUGUAGUUUCUCUCUAGAAUGAGGGGGAGAGAGGGAGCGAUAGAAAGACCCCUAACCCACCAACCCCACACCCUUCUGUGACCAGAACAAAAUGAUUAUGCCCUCAGUUUUAAUGUACUGUCUCUCUUCUUGUAGCUUUUCUGAUCACAGCUCAUUUCUCUGUAACAUGGAUCCAGAGAUGAGGACUACAGGUUGUACCAUAAUUGUAAAGAAAUCCAAGGGGAACAGAAAAAGACGGUCAUAUUUUUUUGAAUAUGUAUUUAUACAACCGUGGGUGUGUACAGAGAGAAAGAGAGGGAUUGGUUUUAAAUCUCUGUUGUUUUAUUGUAUUUUGAACAGCUGUUUUUGCAAAGAAAGUCCUGCUCCGAAAAAUAAGAUUUAAAAGCAAAUAAGUAAAAGUGCUAUUUUUGCAUAAAAAUAUGGUAUUGAUCAAGUGGCCAGAAAAGUCUUAACGUAGGGCCUUUUGAGUUUUUUGUUUUGACAAACUAUUGAACUGAAAAAUAUCUGUUAAGACAGAACUGGGCACUUUCUACCUGCGGCAAUCCAAUAUAGCUUAUCUUAUUCUUGUCCUUUUUUCUCUAUGGAAAUUGUCAAGGAAGCCUACCUAUGUGGCUGUUCACAACGAUGACUGACUCUGUUAUGCUUGCUAGCGAUGUUACUAUGCUAGCUAAACUGCUUACUCGGAAAUCACGGCUAAAUGUAAAAAUGCACAGCUUGAAUCAACUGGUGGACUGCGGCAACUAUCGUGCUAGCUAGCUAACCCCUCCUCUGUUGGUUAGUGACUUGCUCCGAAGCAGACUACUGACAUCAUUACACAUCAUGAGGUGGUGAUUCAAUGACCGGAAAACAUUUGGAAUAAUGGAAUGUGCCUUUUUUAAUCAACAUGGAUAUGCAGGGGUGGGUCCUGCUUAUGUUGAUGUUGGGAAGGAGGGAGGGAGUAGAAUGGGGUUUAAAAGGUGGCAGGUCAUUCAGCUUGAGACAGAGUUGUAACACACACACACACACGUGUUCCAAAGAGAGAUGGGGUGAGGUCAGGGGGAUUGGCAUUCCGGUGGAGUAUGUUGGUGUGUUUUAAACAGUCUCAUAUAUGUGCGAGAGCAAGCAUUUGUGUUCAUUUCUUGAAUGUGACUGAAAGUAUAUUUGUUCCUGUGCGAUUGAUGUGUGUGAGUGCGCUUUAGGUGGGUGUGUGUGAGUGAGUGUGCUUUUACGUGUGUGUGUGUGUCUUCCACCUGGUAGUCUUUUGGAUUGGUUUAAGACUCCCUCUGCUGGGACACUUUUCUUUGUGAACGAUGACCUACACCAUCUUCCAUACACCUUUGCAAUCCAAAAGAUGUGAGACACCUUCAGAUAGAAAAGUGAUGUAUAGAGCGGACACAAUUCACUUUUCUCCAUACGGCAGAGAAGCAGGUCCACUCUAUGCAUGACAUUUCUGUCCUGAUUGCUGUUGUUUAACUCUCUCACGCUUGGUAAAUCCAAAAUGGACAAUGGUGGAUAUGUUAAAGGGGAGGUGAAGCACCUUUUUAAAUGGGAUGAACCCAUGUUUCCUGCACCUUUGAUAAAGGGUUUUGAUGUGUUGUGUGGAGAAUCAACCCAAGGGUCAUGCAAAGGCAUGGCCUUCUUCAAAUACUUUUAAGUGGCAUCCUUCCUCCCUUUCAUUGAUGUAAGCACUUCAGGGAAGGGACUAAAGGAAGGGUGCAUUUAGAGAGUAUUGGAACAUAGCCUGCGUCUCAGAUCUGUGGAUGUGGGAUGCACUGGGAUGACUCCAGUUGUAAAUAUUGGGACCGUUGAGCUGACUUUCUUUCUACGCUCGUCUAGCGAUGUCCUAUGUAGGGUGAUUGUGUAACAGUGUGGAAGCGAUGAAAGAGGACCCUUUUUUUAGAUAUUUUUAAUUUUUUACUUGGUCUCGCGUGUUGUCGAGACGUCAUGGAGACUGAUGUGUGUGUGUGUGUGUGUGUGAGCUCCCAGCAUGCAUUUGGCCUACAGGUCAGAGGAGGAUGGUGGUUGCUUUGGUCUUAAAGUACUGGCCUAAUGUGCUACUGAGUUGGUGUGACUGAAGGGAGGGAGGAGGAGUCAUGUUUAGGGAGAGAGGUGUCAUGGCUGCAGACUGUCCAUCAGAAUAUUGUACAGAAAAAAAUAUUAUUUUUCAAAAUGUUUUUUCUUUUAUUGCUUAUGUUUUCUUUAAAGAAACAUUACUGUAAAGACCUUAAAGAAACAUUACUGUAAAGACCUUAAAGAAACAUUACUGUAAAGACCUUAAAGAAACAUUACUGUAAAGACCUUAAAGAAACAUUACUGUAAAGACCUUAAAGAAAUGCUACUAAUUGAAGGUGGUGAAUGAUUUACCUACUUCUUGCUGAAGAAAAAAUGGAAAGGGAAAGAAAGAUGACUGUACGAUAGCUAGACAGAGCACCGAUAGCUAGACAGAGCACCGAUAGCUAGACAGAGCACCGAUAGCUAGACAGAGCACCGAUAGCUAGACAGAGCACCGAUAGCUAGACAGAGCACCGAUAGCUAGACAGAGCACCGAUAGCUAGACAGAGCACCGAUAGCUAGACAGAGAACUGUAUAUAUUUUUUUCAUUGUUUGUGAUGAGGGUUCCAUGAGAGGUUCUUCCAGGGGGGGGGGGGGACUAGGGCACUGUACUGUCUCUUGUCUAUUGGGGGGAAUGAUUUUUGGAGAGGUAGGUGUGUGGCGCUAUAGAGGUCUGAAUUACAAACUUUGCACCUGUUAUUGAACCUAUACACCAGGGUCUGAUUUCACCCUGCUGAACAGAUCCCAUGAUAUUAUGGACACUGUCAGAUCCACUCUUGUUCACCGCCUGCUGUUCACAUGUGGUACUGGAGCCACCACCAGAUGACAGUAUUUCCCCCACAGACCAUAGUCAUUGACUGAGUUGGUUACUAAGUGAUCAAAGUUCAGUUUUGCGUGUUUUGGAGAGGGUUACUUUUCUUAGCUCUGAAGCACAAGACUAUAGGAACAGAAAGGAAUGUUUGUUUGUGUGGGACAGAACAGUUCAAGCUGAUCCAUCCUCCAUCCCUACAGGUAGAUGUCCCUCCUCCCCCAACACACACAUCUCAAGAGGAUGGACAAAGGCAGUGUCCAGUGUGGUGUAUAUAGGCUUGGAGAAGGACCUUUUUUCACAUAUACAUAUAUAAAUAUGAAUAUAUGUAUAGAUAUAUACUGUAUAUUAUACAUAGAGGCACUAAAGAAGUUGGAUUGUUAGUCGUGCACUCUCAGCAUGAGGUAUAUACCCACAAACGGCUUAUUGAAACCAGUGCAGUAGUGUCCCCAAUGUUUCUGCCCCUGCUCCUUGCCCUCUGUGACCCUGUAGUGCCAGUGCUCAUUCUGUUCUCAUUGUUUUCCAAGUGCCAAUAACUUUGUGAAACCCCUUAACUGUGACCCAAUAUUAUUCAAGGUAAUUGCACAUUAACUAUUGUAAAGAAAAAUCAUUAAGAUAAAUGUCAACAUGGAUUAAAAAAAACUAUCUUAAUAAAAGGUUUGUAACAAAUGA